UGGUUGAAAUGAAAAUUGAAUAAAGAAGGUGAAUGAUACUGUACUUGGGUUGGAUUAAAUUUUGAUUUGUGGUGCUUAUAAACUGUGAUGAGAAUUUGAUUUGUAACGUACGAAAAGCCUUAACAGGUUUAUUGUAGGGGUUGGGACGGGUUAUACUUGUCCCUAAUUCAGGUCAUUCCUUAGAUCCGAACAUGAAAAUUUUGCUUACAUGAAAAUUUGUAUCCUUUCAGCCGAACAUGAGUAGCUUGGUUGAGAUUUUGUUGCUAUUCAACUUGAAUGGACUAUGGUAGAUCGAAUACUUGAUUGCAGGGGCGAUGAUGACGAUGAGAAGGAAUAUCUGGUGAAGUGGAAAGAGCUUCCUUAUGAUGAAAGCAAUUGGGAACUUGAGUCAGAUAUCUCUAUGUUUCAGGCGGAAAUAGCUAGAUUCAAUUUAUUUCAGUCAAGGUCUAGAAAAAUUUCUUAUAGCAAGCAAAAAAGCAGUGUUAACGAUGAUGCUGAAUUGAUAAAGCAGCUGAAAGAAUUUCAACAGUACGAACAUAGUCCCGAGUUUCUUUCAGGAGAGAAUAUGAAUUUUACUUUCCGGAGAAGAACAAGAAAAAUAAGUUGGAAAGCAUCAAGUUUGAUGUCCUUUUAACAUCGUAUGAGAUGAUAAUCGUUGAUAUUGCAGUAUUGAAUCCGAUAAAGUGGGAGUGCAUGCAGACAUCGCGUGCUUUUGACAGGAACUCCACUUCAGGUUUAUUUAAAUUUAGUAAUUAAAUUCCAUUUUAAAAGGAUUUAUGGAUUGAAUGAGUUUCUUAUAAAAUGGAUCGUGGAUAGAUUUGAUUGUCUAAUGGAUUAUAAAUGGAUCAAUUGAUUGUUCAUUAAUGAUGCGUUGAGUUUUAUGUUUGAAGUCAGAACCUGCAUGACAACAUAUCUUAUGCAUUUCGGAUGAAUCUGGAUGAACUCUUUAUGCUUAUGCACUUCCUUGAUGCUGGAAGGUUAGUAAUUUGAAUCCUCAUGCUGAUCUAGAAGCGAUGGCAAGAGCUCAUCAACUUGGACAAACUAAUAAGGCGUUGAUUUAUAGGCUUAUAACACGAGGAACAGUAGAAGAAAGGAUGAUGGAAAUAACAAAGAAUAAAAUGUCCUUUAAACACUUUGUUGUAGUCGGCAUGAAGGGUCAAAAUAUUAAUCAGGAAAUGUUGGAUGAUAUCAUAAGGCACGGAUCAAAGGAGUUGUUUGCUGAUGAGAAUGAUGUGGUGGAAAAAUCUCGUCAAAUUCAUUACGACGAUGCUGCUAUAGACAAAUUAUUGGACCGCGAUCAAGUUGGAGAUGAAGAGGCCACUUUGGACGUUGAAGAUGAAAAUGGGCUUCUUAAAGCCUUUAAAGUUCAAGACAGAUAUCAAGAGGGACGUUCUUAAGAAGAGGAAAGAUGCCAUGGAGGCUGCCCUUUCUACUACCGAUGAAGAGAAGAAGAUUCGUUUGAAGGCCGAGAAGUUGGUGGAUGUGGUCGUCGAAGACAUAUGCCAUGUUGGCCAGCAAUCUUUUAAUAAUGCCCUUGAGCAAAUAAGGUCUUGAACCCUGAUGUUGCUAUCUCUUUCGACGGCGUAAAUUGUUUACAAGGCCGUCAUAGGUGUUAUUGUGGAGUUGUCGGCAAAUGAGACAGACCAGGCAAUUGUUGUUGGGGAGGACAUUGCUUAAUGUUUUUUUUGCUUUGAUUUUGGGGCCGCGGUCUACAUGCCCAGUGCCCGUUGAUGUUAUGUUCUCUUUUCAUGCUUGUUUGCUUACAUUUAUGCAAUUUUGCGUGCUUUAAUGUAUGACUUAUAUGCCUGUCAAUAA